AUGGUCGCUAGAACAGACGGAAGGUACCGACGAGCGCUUGUGUCCGCUGGUAUUGAGAGCCCCACGUCAAUAGUCCUGGACCCGCAAAUGGGAAGGAUGUUCUGGGCCGACGCCGGAUCCGCGCCGAAGAUCGAAAUCGCCUGGAUGGACGGCUCGAAGCGGCGACCGAUCGUGACCGAGAACAUCCGACACCCGACCGGUUUAUCGAUCGACCAGGCGAUGGAUCACUCGAUAUACUGGGCCGACACGAAACUCAACACCAUCGAGAUGAUGCGCCACGACGGCUCGCACCGUAAGAUCAUCCUGCAGGGAGACAUCUUGAAGCACCCGUUGUCUUUGGACGUGUUCGAGUCGUCGCUGUACUGGGUGACCAGAGACACUGGAGACUUGGUGCGGCAGGACAAGUUCGGCAGAGGCGUGCCGUUUGUGAUCUCGAAGGACCUGGAUAAUCCGUCGGCUGUGAAAGUGUACCACCCGCGGCGCUACAACACGUCUGCGGGCGGCGGCGCGUGCGCGCGCGCGGUGUGCUCGCACCUGUGCCUGGCCGUGCCGGGCGGCCGGCGCUGCUCCUGCCCCGACGCCGCGCCGCAGCCCAAGCGCGCCGCGCAGGACGUAGCCUGCGACGCCGCUGUUGAACCCGAGCGCCCCCUCCCCCGAGUAUGCCCAUGCGAAAAUGGCGGCACCUGCGUCGAAGAAGAAGGCGAACUCCGCUGCGCCUGCCGCGCCGGGUUACAGCCGCCGACCUGUGCCGCCGCCGCGCCCGUCACUGCCGCGCGCGCCGCCGCCGCCGCCGCCGUCAUAGUGCCCGUGUUAUUGGUGCUGGUUCUGGUGCUAGGAGCGGCGGCCGCGUGGUUCGUGAUAAGGAAGAGACCAUUUGGCAAAGGCGGCGGCCUCGGCAGUUUGGCGUCCUCGCAGAGCGUGUCGUUCCGGCAGGGCUCCAACGUGGAGUUCGGCGGCGUGGCCGAGCCCGCCUACUCGCUGGAGGACACGCGCAAGGGCCGCGACUUCAGCAACCCCAUGUACGACGCCGUCACGCGCGCCCGCGCCCAAGGCGACCCCGAGCCGCCAUUGCCCGGCAUAUACGAAGUGCCCGACGAGCUCAAGGACAAAGUGGUGUCGGCGGUGAUCUCACCGUCAUCAACGGAGACCCGCAGCGCAGGCCUGAAGCGAGGCUCGGCGGGCGCGGCGGGCGCGGGCGCGGCGCGCGCGCUGGACCCGGCGGCGGACACGGGCGCGGACACGGCGGCGCUGGUGCGCGAGGACCGCGAGUGCUAGCGCGGCGCGGGGCCGCUGGAGCCCCGCCGCCUGCGCGCCCGCGCCCCGCGUUACCUACGCCUGCCCCCGUUCCGAGCCGACUGGCCGGCCGCCCGAGCCGACUGCGACGUUCCUCGCUUUAGCUGGAUGUAGUGUAGCCGUAACCAGAGUAAAUUCCCAAUGAGUAGGUCAUGUUCAUAGAAACGCACCGAGCGCGAUUUGUAUGAGAGCGCGCGCCAAUACGUAUGCGGCGCGCACGGACACACUGACAAUUCAGCGCAACGCCCCGCUAAUCCACGCUAAAUUUUGUCAGUGUGUGCGUGCGCGCCGCAUACGUAUUGGCGCGCUCACAUACAAACCGCGUUCAGGCGUUUCUAUAAAGAUGACCUACUCAUUUGUAUUUACUCUGCCGUAACCUUACAUUCAUUUUUGUUCUUUUAUCCGCAUUGUAUACACGGCCACAGUGUUAACUAUCCAUUACCGUUUUUGCUCUCGCUCUAAUCAAAAGGUGAUUCUUUGCGAUAGAACGAGACGACAUGACCGGCAGUGGGAAGUUAACGCUUGCCGAUAGUACGUUAACACCGUGAGAAUAUAAUUUCUAACGAUAGCACUGAUUUUUUAAAUAACAAUAAAAUUAUCAGAUGGUAAAAUUGUAAAUUCGCUGCUUUGAUCCGUCAACGUUCGACUCGUUGACUCGUCACGGGAGUUUGAAUUCGGGACCUCGCUUCUGAUCGGUCCCGAAACGAACGGAUCUUUAGUAUGCGCGGUUUGACAGAGGCGCAGCAUUAAAAGCACACUGAAGGCGACAGCUCUGUCUCGUCGGCACGCCGACUCGAAUUACGUAAUUGAUAAGUUCGUUUGGACGGCACUGUCUUCGUUUAGACUAGUUAUGCUCAAAUCGAAUCAUUCCAUUCGGAUCGGUGCCGUGUAAACGGAGAUAAAUCUUAUAUGGGCAGCGCCCUUGAUAACAUUCUCUGGAAUCGCGUGUCGCUGUUUUUGAGCCUUUCUUACUUUUAUUUUCACUUUAACCUUUAACGUUUCGAGGAUGUGUCUAUAGAUGGCAAGUACUCUACAAGAGUGUUAAGGUGUUAAAUGAGGUCUUUUCAACUAUGGACACAACUUGAAAUCUUUUGUAACGUCUUUUACACAUUUUUCCUCUUCGUUUUCCGAUAAUUUUCAAGUUUAUUGUCACUCAAAGCCGACGACACUCCUUUCCAGAGAACAUUGUCAUUUUGGACCGAAGUAAUCAUAUCAGCACGUGAUAUUGUUCAUAAUCGAACGUUAUGUAUAUAGAGAGAUUUAUAAAUUUGUAACUUAGACUAAAACAUGCAUUCCGACUUUGUCCGAGACUAUAGACAUAUGAUUUAUAUUUACGUGUUAUACAUUUUUAUCGUUUUACAAAGCUCGCCGUACCAAUUUCUGUUGCGUGGUUAGGUAAGCCCAUACAUUCCUAAGAUCUGUAUAGGACGUUGAUCUAGGUAUAGAGACUAGUACAUAAUUGAGUAAUAAAGGAAUUGUUGUUCGGCGCCGGAGCGCUCGCCGCGAACGCUCGGCGCUCGCUCGGGACGCUCCGGCGAUCUUCCGUAGGGUUUUAAAUUUGUUCGACAAUAAGCAAUAUACUAUAUAGAAAAAUAAUUUAUUUAUUUCGGUUAAGACUAUGUAAAAUAUAGCCGUGUUGUGUUUUAUAAUUGUCUAUUAAAUGGUAAAAUUUAUUAGUAACUCAUUGACGAUUUGCCAUAAAUGUGUGAGAUAAUGUUUCUGUUGUUAAUUUUUAAUUAUUGAUAAUCUCAUCAGUUGAUAUCGAGCCUCUUACGAGAUGUAAAUAAUGAUAUUGCGUUCAUCUUAUCUUGUGAUGUAUAUUGUAAACGAAAUUAUUAUGAUCAUUCGAUACGAAUAUAAAUAUGUAUUAUAACUAUAAUAGAAACAAAGAUGUCUUUGUGAAUAUUACAUCACAUUAAUUAACGAAAAAUUACAUAAUCUACAAAAAUACUUGUAUGAGAAUUGAUAUAAUGUAAAAAGGUAUAAAUCUGUCAAUAUUAAGAAUAA